AAAUUUGAACCAAUAGCGUAUGCAUUUAUUUUGAUUGAUUUAUAUAUUGAUAGUCAUGGCACCAAAGAAGGAUGCAAAAGGUGGCGGUGGUUCAAAGGAUAAAGGCGGCAAAUCGGCCAAAGGUGGUGGCGGCGAUGAUAAAGGUGCAGCCGGUAAAGAGAAGAAAGGCGGCAAUGCUGUAAAAGUGCGUCAUAUUUUGUGCGAAAAACAAAGUAAAAUCUUAGAAGCAUUGGAAAAAAUAAAAGCUGGUCAAAAAUUUCCGGAUGUUGCGGCCGCUUAUAGCGAGGACAAAGCUCGUCAGGGUGGCGAUCUUGGUUGGCAAAUUCGCGGAGCAAUGGUUGGACCAUUCCAAGAUGCCGCAUUCGCAUUACCCAUCUCAACUGUAGCAAAUCCUGUUUAUACCGAUCCACCGAUUAAAACUAAAUUUGGAUAUCACAUAAUAAUGGUCGAAGGCAAAAAAUGAACUAAAAACUAAGAUACCCUGUACUAUAUAUAUCGUUAUUUUCAUUUCGAAUCCAACAAUCGAAAAUAUGUUUGAAUUUCUUUUUCUAUUACAAUCAAUGUUAACUUUAAUUGAAAAUGAUUUUUCGAUGAAUGUUUGAUUUUCAAAAAAACCAAAAUAAAAUAAAGACACCAUUGAUUGAUUGUUUCAAUUAGUUUGUAA